AAGAGGAAGAGCAGGAGGUAAAUGGAGAAGGGCCUCAACCUCAUUUUAAUCGAAGCCCUUUCUCUCUCAUCUCAAAAAAACCCCAACAAAAAACAAUAAAAAAUUCCUCUAAAUCUAUAUAUACAUAAAAUCCCCAAUUUUGACCUAAAAUUCUCAGUAUCACCACCCUUUCGCCGCCUUAGAUUACUCCUCGUCGAAACCCUAACCUUGGAUCUCUCUUUCUCUCUGUCUGUCUCUCUAUAUAUAUAUGGCUGCUUCUCUGUCUCCCUCAUAGAUUUGCUAUCCAAAGCCUGAUCUUUUGAUAUAUCCUGAUUUGGUUCGAAUCGGGAGUUUUUGUAAAAGACCCAUUAGGGUUUCGACGUUUUUCGAUUUUGUUACAGAUCAGAUUUUGCAAAAGAUUUGUUUUUUGAUUCGAUUUCUGUAUAACCUGAGAUAUGCCGCUUUUGCCUAAAAGUGAAUCGAUUGAAAUUCGAGAGGUUUGGGAACAUAAUUUGGAGGAACAGUUUUCUAAAAUUAUGGAAAUUGUUGAUGAUUAUCCGUAUAUUGCUAUGGAUACAGAGUUUCCUGGGAUUGUUCUUCGUCCUGUGGGCAGUUUCAAGAACAGUAAUGAUUAUCAUUACCAAACCUUGAAAGAUAAUGUAGACAUGUUGAAAUUGAUUCAAUUAGGGCUUACGUUUUCGGAUGAGCAAGGGAAUUUACCCAGCUGUGGUACUGGAAAUUACUGCAUUUGGCAAUUCAAUUUCCGCGAAUUUAAUGUUAAUGAUGAUGUUUUUGCGAAUGAUUCGAUUGAACUCUUGCGCCAAAGUGGGAUUGAUUUCAAGAAAAACAAAGAAAUGGGUAUUGAUGCGCAUCGGUUUGGAGAGCUCUUGAUGUCUUCUGGGAUUGUAUUAAAUGAUAAUGUUUAUUGGGUUACUUUCCAUAGUGGCUAUGAUUUUGGGUAUUUGCUUAAAUUAUUGGCUUGUCAAAAUUUGCCCGAAACACAAGCUGGAUUCUUUGAUUUGAUCAAUAUGUACUUCCCUGUUGUUUACGACAUCAAGCAUCUGAUGAAAUUUUGCAAUAGCCUUCAUGGUGGAUUGAACAAGCUCGCAGAGCUUUUGGAAGUUGAGAGAGUUGGUGUUUGUCAUCAGGCGGGUUCAGAUAGUUUGCUCACAUCUUGUACAUUCAGGAAGUUAAAAGAGAAUUUCUUUAGCGGCUCACUUGAGAAGUAUGCCGGUGUCUUGUAUGGUCUAGGUGUUGAAAAUGGACAAAAUACUCAUUGAGAAAAAAAAAAUGAAAAAAAAAAUUAAAUGAUAGCUUCUCAUUGUACGACAUGUUGUGCAUGAUGAUACCCAAAAUCCAUGUACACCUUUUGGCCAAUAUGUUUUUUAAUUAAAAAAAUUCCCAUAUGAUAGCUUAAUUCUUCUUUGUUUCCCUCAAGUAUGACUCUGAUUUUGUGUGCUAUGCUGCUUGAAAAGUUUUAUGGCUUGGAUUUGGUAAAUUAAUGCAUAUAUUUGUCGGUUUUUAAUUUAA